UUUUCCAUAAAAUGGCAAUUUGCAUCUCUCACUUAUAUUUAACUGCAAUUUGCGUCCCAUUUAAAAAGGCACAACAAAAGCCACUUUCGGACAUUUAACCUUGGCGCCAACUCCGCGCGUUUCCGAGUUUUCCCACUUUUCCAGUUAGCGCUAACUAAGCACAGAGGCCGCGCUGCGCGGUUCGCAUCGCGCAAUCAAUAUCUGCGCGCUACAGCCCUCGGAAAAGCCAGGCAGGUUGUCACCCUCCGUCACGCCAGCCACACGACCCAUCCCUGAACGUUUAAUCCUGAUCCCAAAAUGAAGCUCUCUGUAAAAUGAUAAAAUUCGCGGUGUUCGGUGACUGACGCAGUACCGGAGUACGCGCGCGGUUGAUCGUUCGAGUGAUAACAAGGUUUCAGUGUUUCAUAAGAAUGCAUUUACAUUUCGAGAGGAACGUAAACGCGAAAUGCGACUGCACGAUACUGUCGCUGUCGUGGAUGGGCAAAGUUCCCGACGAGCUGCCAGAGGAAGAGGGGUGGAAGCUGAACCGUAACAACUACUACCAAGAAGGUUGGCUGGCGACAGGCAACGUGCGCGGCGUAGUGGGCGUCACAUUCACAUCGUCACACGCGCGCCGUCCGCACGAGCUGCCACUGCGUACCAACUACAACUUGCGAGGGCACCGCUCUGAUGUGAUUCUGGUAAAAUGGAACGAGCCUUACCAGAAGCUCGCGUCGUGUGACAGCUCCGGAGUGAUCUUCGUGUGGAUCAAGUACGAGGGGCGCUGGAGCAUCGAGCUCAUUAACGACCGCAGCACGCCUGUGACGCACUUCUCGUGGUCCCACGAUGGCAGAAUGGCCCUCAUAUGUUAUCAGGACGGCUUCGUGCUGGUGGGGUCGGUGGCCGGGCAGCGCUACUGGUCGUCCAUGCUGUCGCUGGACGCGCGCAUCACGUGCGGUUGCUGGACGCCGGACGACAGCCAGGUCUACCUCGGCACAGCGUCCGCGCAGCUGGUCGUCAUGGACGUGCACGGUGCUAUGGUGUCGCAGGUGCAACUGGUAGCCGAGGGUGGUAUAACAUCGAUGGCGUGGUCGUGCGAGAAGUUCAAAAUGGAGGAAGGUGAAGAGGCCGGAGAGACUAAUGGCGGUCACGUGCUGGCGGUGGCUUUGGGCAGCGGAGAGAUCGUGAUGCUGCGAGGCCACGACGACGUGAGCCCAGUUCGGAUCCACACCGGACUGAGAGGCACCACGCUGGUCAUGGAGUGGGCUAACUCGAGAGAAUUACUGGCCGUAGCUGGAACUCUAACUGCUGAGCCAAAUGAGCCGGAGGACUCACCGCCUUAUAAAAACGUUGUGAAGUUCUACUCUGAUAACGGCGCCCUCAUUUACACCGUCCCCAUUCCAUAUACACAGGCGCGCGUGUCGGCGCUGACGUGGGGGCACGCGGCGCGGCGGCUGUUUGUGGGGCUGGGCGGCGCGGUGUGCACGGCGCGCGUGUGGCGCGUGGUGGCGCCGCUGCAGCUGCUGGCGCGCGUGCGCGCCGCCGCCGCGCUUCGCCACCCGCGCCUCGCCGCCAAGCUGCCGCUGCCGCCGCGUCUGCAGCCCGCGCUCGCCAGCCUCUUCGCGCACACCAUACGCUGUAACGUCCCAGAGGCGAGCGAGCUGCGGCGCUUCGUGUCGCGACCGCCGGGCGCGGGCGCGCGCCUGCACUGCACCAUGCUGCGCCACGACGACGAGGAGGCGGGCGCCUACACGCUGUACCUCGAGCACCUGGGUGGCCUGGUGCCCUUGCUUAAGGGCCGCCGCACCAGCAAGAUCAGGCCCGAGUUCGUCAUCUUCGACCCACAGGCGGAAGAAUGCGUGACGGGCUCGUUGCGCGAGUCUAGCAGCAGCAGCAGCGGCGCCACCAGCGCGUCGAGCAGCGGCAGCAGCACCGGCGCGGGCAGCGGCGGCAGCAUCGGCGGCGGCAUCUCCUCCCCGCGCCCGCCGCGCACGCCCCGAGCGCCGCGCCGCGCGCCCCGCCCGCCGCCGCACGAAGACUCCUGCUCCUCAGACACUGAGCGAGAGGAAGGUUGUUCGGGAUCUCCACGCUUGCAACGACGCAGACGAGCACGAGAGAGACGCAAAACACGCAAUUCCAGUGAAAAGGUCGAGACUCCUGAUGAAUUAGCCUAUAUAGACUCCUUGCCAGAGGACGUACGGUUAGUUGAAGUAACUUCAAACAUUUGGGGAACAAAGUUCAAAAUGCAUGGAUUGGCUAAAAACGUGCCAGCUAAUCUCGGCCAAGUCACAUACAAGACGUCCUUACUACACCUGCAACCGCGACAGAUGACUCUAACCAUAACAGAACUGAGAGAUGACUAUCCUGUUGGUCCUGAUCCUACUUUUAAUCCUAACAUAUUUUCAGAGGACGAAGAAGAAGUCUUUUCAAACAGCGAAACAAACUCUCCAUCGCAUAUGAAUAAUAACAUUAGGAAAAAAUUCAAUCCGCUCAUCGUGAGCGACAGAAUGACUAAUGCGAAUAACAUAAUAAAUCAAUCCGAAAUAUAUUCACCCAAUAACAACUCAAAUCCAUCCUUAGCCAGAGCCGAGUCCUACGAUGAGUUCCCGUUUAUAGAUACAAACGACACAAUGAAUAAUGUGGGCGAAAAUGUUUACAAUGCAAAUUCCGUUCGGCAUCCUGCUCAAACGACAGAGAGACGCGUAAAUAAUACAACCGCAGUGUCAAAUCGACAUGCAAUAUCGCCAUUGAGAUGUGAAAGUUCCGUUCCUACUUUACAGUCGCCUAAAAACGCAGUGGCACCAACGGAUAUCAUAUUCGAAAGGCCAUCACCGCAGACGGUCACGUGUGGAGGUAGAGGAGAUUUCUGCGGGGGCCGGACCGAUUAUAGCGUAAGGGAUAGCGGCUCACUUAAAGGGAAUCUGUCCAAUAUUGAACAACAAACGUUCAAUCUAAACCUUAGCCUAGAACCUAGUAGGCAGGUCACUAUAAAAAAGUGCGACAAUCACGUCACAGAUAAUUGCUUAUCGAAAUUACGGAAGAACAUUUGCAACAGAGGCGAAGCUUCCUUUGAAAUGAACGCGCGGAUACUCAAAUCCCUGUGCAGUAAGAAUUACGAGCACGAGGUGCAUCCCGACGCUAUGAUUAAACGUACGGAUACCUUAAAGAAUGUACAAAAGAGCGAGGACCUGAAAUACAUUGACGAGGAGACCCCUGUGGACACGAAUAUAAAUAAUGUAACGGACAAAGUUCGCGAGAGUAGGGUGCAGAGAACGACAACCGUCGUGCCCAUCAGUCCGGUAUGUGCGAACAUUCCCGUGUACGACACAAUGACGCGUAGCUGCAGCGUGGGCUACUUGGAUCUGGUCGACCCUCAAGUGUUACACGCUCAAGUCAGUCUGACGGCCCUGCGCGGCGAGCCCCCGCGGCGUCUCAUACUAGUCAACAAUAAACGCCAGCGCCGCCCGCGGCGAUAUUUAAAGUCGAACGAAAGCAAACAGAUAGAAUGUUUUAAGACCCCUAGUCUGAAGAAAUGCGGGAAGUCGAAGAGUUUGGACUCGGGAGAGUUGUCGAUAACCGCGGAGAAGGCGAAGAGGCAGACGAAAGUGGACUUUAGCGCAAAGAAUGACGUUUCAGCGAAUUCCAGCAGUAGGUGUAACAGCACGGGGGAGGACAACAGCGGGACGAGCACGGAGGAAGGUCGCGUGCGGCGCUCGCGGCGGGACCUCGUGUCGUGCGCCGCGUGUCGUGUCGCGGCGCAGGGCGAGCGGCGCGACUCGGAUGCGCCUUUCGUGUGCGCGGCGUGCUGCGCGCCCGCGCCGCCCGCGCCCCGCGCCGCCGCCGCGCCCGUGCCGCUGACCGACAGCGACUCCGACUACAGCAAGUAUUAUAGUUCUCUGGAGCAGCUGGCUCUUCGACUGCUGGCGUCUCGAUCGUCCAAGCGGAGCGGCGCGGGCGCGACGGCGGCGGCGGCGGCGCGCGAGAGCAGCUCGGCGCCCGCGUCGCCGCGGCUGGCGCGAUCGGCCGCCUCGCCCGCGCCCGCCUCGCCCGCGCCGCGUGCCUCGCGCCGGCAGCGGUACUCCUCUGCAUCGCCUAUCAGGCAACUGCUCAACUCACCUCUACUGAAUCGAAGAAGGAACAAGAAGCUCUCCGAAAGCUCCGACGACGAAUACUCCAAUGGCUACAAUGAAGUCAACAGCAAGAACUACAGAGAUCUCGAAAGCUUCCAAAAGGCACAGCUUAGAAAUAAGCUCAAGCGUGCUGGGGGCAACAUGAGCGUGGCAACAGCGUCCACUGCCGCCGAGGCGCGCAGCAGCACGCGGCGGCAGUUGGUGAUGCACAACAAGGCGCCCAUGUGGAACGAGAACAGCCAGGUCUACCAGCUCGACUUCGGAGGCCGCGUCACGCAGGAGUCCGCUAAGAACUUCCAGAUCGAGUACCAUGGCAAACAGGUGAUGCAGUUCGGUCGUAUCGACGGCAACGCGUACACUUUAGACUUCCAGUAUCCGUUCUCAGCGCUGCAGGCGUUCGCGGUCGCCCUGGCCAACGUGACGCAAAGACUCAAAUGAGCACUCGCCGUCACUUACAGCAAGCGGCUCCGCUCCUACGGCUUCUACAACCGCUGCGGGGCGUGAUCUCAACGAGGCGCGGCUGUAUUGUGUGUGUAUACAAUAGUAUGGACUUUGUUUGUGAAGCAAUUAUUUCAGAUGUAUAGGUAACCCAGACGAACGAUGCAUGUCAGGCAAUGAAGCUCUAGUGUACAAGGGUAGACCUUCUGACAGCAGCGUUUUCCUAAAACCCGUUUUUGACCCAAACGUUUCAGCCUUAAACGAUCACUCUAGCGGUGUUUCCAAAAAAAUCUAGAGCUUUAGCGACUUUUUUCCGUGACGGUUGGUGUUUCACAUAAGUCUCCACUCAAACCCCUUCAUCUCGAUCCUUCUGCUCGAUCUACUUUCUAUAAAGAUCAGUGCUUAUAGUAUGACAUUUUUCAUCUCACCCAAUGUUGAUAGAAAUCCAGCGUCGGAGUAAAAUGGACCUAAAGGCCUUUCAUUUAAAGUCAAAAAUUCAGUGCCACCGAUUUAAUUUCGAAACGUUUCCGCUUGGAGCGAUGACUGAAUGUGUGGACAAACCUGCAAUUUAAACAAGGAUAUUAGGGUUAAUGUUAAUUUAACGCUGAAGUGUUUCGACGCUCGAAUUCUAUCAAAGUUCGUCUAAUGUAAGUAUAAUCUUAUAGGUACUUUAUCAUCACAAUUACAUCACAACCACACACUCGGUCAGUAGUGACACAAUCAUAUUAUUUUCUCCAAUUUUUGUUGGAUCCAGUCUAUUUGUUGCACGCUUGCCCUGAAAAAAUUCAGACAUAUUUGGUCGUCUGCCUUAACCAAAAUACAAUUUAGCAAUUCUCGAUGUGUUUUUCAAUAUCCCAUAGCAGAUAAUAAUGGAUGUCAGUCUAAAUAUCUACUUGUUCCAGUCUUUAAUGUUUUCCUGUUGAUUUUGUCCUGAGGAUCGAUUGUAAAAUACUUAUAUUAGUAGAUAGGUAGAUAUUUUAAGAAAUUAAGAUGCGUUCGUAUCAGGAUUAGAUAUAAUUCGGCUGAAGAAUGUAAAUAAGCAUUCUUGUACUGAUGUUGUGCCAUCUUAUUUUGCAAAAUCAUUAUUAGCUUUUUGAAGCGAGGCUGGGGAUCUCAAUUCUCAAGUAACACUCGCGUUGAUCUGCCACAUCCUUACUUAUUCACUUACUCGUCUGGUAUCCACCUACAGUCCAACAAGGCUCUCUUGGCACGUGGUCAAAAUCGGAAUUAAAACCGCCAUCUUGAGACUUGUGCACUUGUUUAAUUCGCCGCUGUGUCGGCAUAAAGCUACAACAGCGCCCUCGCUCAAAUGCCAAGAGAGCCUUGUCGGACUGUAAGCAAAGAGAAGAGAUGUGUACAGUCAACCAAUCGGAUUCUUAAAAGAUGACGUGAUAAUUUUUUCGCGUAUAAUAGUAGGUAAAUAAAGCUGUUUCAAUUUUCAGUUGUUGAACAAAAAAGGCCGCCACAUAGUUAUUCACUCUGCAGCUCUGCGUUGUCACUUUAUACAUAUUAGGUGUCUAAGUUAUUUAGAUAAAUAAGUAUAGUUAGUGAAUAUUGUUAGGUCUAGUGUUUAAAAAGUACUUUUCGCAAAGUUGAUAGAGAUAGAGCUAUAAUAUAAUAUGUUACAAAAUAGCUCUAUCUCUUUCGUUUGUAAUUGGUAUUUAUCAUUUAUUAUUAUGGAAUGGUUAUCCGUGUUACUAGUUUUUGAACGUGGCCUUCUCUUUCUUUGUAAGGUAAGUGUAGGUAUGAUAUCAAGAUCUGGUGGCCACAAAUUGUUGUAAUAUAGUACAUACUUUAAUGUGCAGUAAAUAAUUGAUAGGUAUUAAUUUUAUUUAUUAGUGUUGUUGCACGAAAAAUGAUCAUUAAAAUUAUAUUAUACACAGUGUUUAUUGUUUAAGACUAAAUGUUUAUACCUAUUGAUGUAUCGGGUCGUUUGUUUUUAUCACACAUUGAUUUUGGUCUAUUAGACUAAGCAUUUAAAAUAAGUUGAAAAUUAUGUACAAAGAUAAUGUUUCAUGGUUACUAAAGCUCUGGUUUCCUAGGAUAAUGGUGCCAAAUCACGAAGCGACCGUUCGUACAGUGGCCGGCAAACAACUUGAGCAUCGACGCGAUUGGCUGGCGAGCGGCGCGUGCACGCGAUUGGUUGAUCAGUCGGCGCGAGUGCACGCGAUUGGUUGAUACGUCGACUUUCGCUUACCGCAUUCGCCAACUUUCUCCCAUUACACUUCUUCAGGUCCAAGCUGUUUGCCGGGCACUAUAAGAGAGAGCAUUUUUCUCUUUCCAGGAAACCCUGUCCUUAGCCUGUUCAAUCUCAUAUUUCAAUAGAAAAUGUUUUCAGUGACGCUUUACUUACCGGCCCUAAUGUGCCGGCGCCACUAUCCUAGGAAACAAGUCUUUUAAUCAUACAAUAUUACAUAGGUAUUAAAUGAAUGUCCAGUUUCAAUUAUAAGUACAUAAUACAUGUAACAUUUUUAUUAACUAAGUAUUUUGGGGAAAUUGCAAUUUUGUGUAUUUGUGUAUAGCGCGUGCUAUUAAUGAAGCGAAUCCCAAAGUGCUCCUUUUGGAUUGUAUAGUUCGCGACAGGUCGACAUGGCAAUCGGGGUGGGGAUAUCCCCCGCACCCGCACUGCCCCCGCCCUAACCAUCUACAUGUGUGACAGCGAGACAUUUGACGGUUGAAAAAGUAUUUAUUAGUACCUAAUUAUUUCAAUAUUUUUAUUUAUGUUGAUUUUUAAUAGUUUUACACAUUCUAGCAUAAUGUGUUUAAAAACUUGUGUUUAUUAAUUACUAUUACCCCUUUGGUUACUACUUUCACCACGGCCUUGUAUUGGAACGCUAAGUUGUUUAGUGGCACGGCUUGGCCGGUAGGGUGGUAACUAGCCAUUAAAGCCCCCCACUAGACCAGACCAGAGAUUUAGAAAUUAUAAAAUUCCAAACCCCUGCCGGGAAUCGAACCCAUACCAUUACCACUGUACCAGGGAGGUUGUCAAGGAGGGUACUCGUAUUUUAUUACAAUAACCAUAAGAUAAAAUAGUAUUUUAUUUUACUUUUAGAAUAGAAAAACAGUUAUUUAACAAACAGUAAAAAAAAAAAAGCAACAUAAUAAGAGUACCUACUAUACAAGAUCUAGCCCGAUUUGAA